GGACUCAGGAGUCAGGAGUACUUUUCUCUCACUGAAGUGAACAUUAAAAAAAAAACAAAAAGAAGUCAUCUAUAAAUUAUUACUCUCUACUUUAUUCAUUCAUGAAGAGAUAUCUUAAGGAAUCUUAAUUAGCUAUUGAUAUCGAGCCCCCAUUGAUGAGGAUCUCGUACCUCAACAAACGCAUCUUUUCUUUUAUCAUUCGCUCAUUAUAGUAAGCCCUACAGUCUACACAAUCUCAGAUAUUGUUCUUUGAUUUUGGUUGUUGAGCUAUGUAUUUUUUUAACCAAGGGGAUGAGCUGGUCUUCCAGAUCCAGAAUUUUGACAACCCUAAUCCGGAACAGCAGACAAUCCAACAAGAUCCUGUUAUGAACCGAGACUCUUCUUGUUCUCGAGGACGCAAUAAAAGGCAUGGUAAGGAGGUUUUGAGUAUCGGUGAGGACUGCAAAGAUGAUGAGAGAAGCAAGAAGAUUAUGCAUAGAGAAAUCGAGAGACAAAGGAGACAGGAUAUGGGUAAACUUCAUGUAUCACUUCGAUCCCUACUUCCACUUGAAUUCAUUAAGGGAAAGCGUUCGAUAUCAGAUCAUAUGGAGCAAGCUGUGAAUUACAUUAAUCACUUGCAGGGAGAAAUCAGAGAACUGGAUGUCAAAAAGAAUAACCUCAUCAAGAGUACUCCCAAGAAAUUUUUUAUUGAUGACCCGGGGAAGGGGACUUCAGAUCUUUGUUUGCUUGACGAUAACAAUGAUAUCAGUGUCACCGUCACCCCAUGCUUCUGUGGUGUCGAGAUCAUAAUUACUAGUGGAUCGAUGGAGGAGAACUUAUCCUUGUCAGGGGUGAUGCAAGUACUGAUCCAGGAACGGCAGCUUAAUGUUACAAGCUGUUCCUCUACAAGGGUAAAUGACCAGUUAGUGCAUAUUAUCCGAGCUGAGAUUUUCCUUGCAGGGAUACGAGCCGGCUUUUAUAGAUAUAUGUGAGCUGCAACAAAGAUUAUGUGGUGUGAUCCGUGGAUAAAUUUCAGGUAAGUGCAAAGACUGAAAGAUCAUCAAAGUCUAUUAAGUGAAACGAUGCCAAAAUUUUGCUGCUUACUUGGCCGAGAUUCGUUUAUGUUUCAGCUACUGUCCGUUGUUCUAUGAAAGUGUGUGUUGAUUAUGUCAACCCUAGGCUAGCUGUUUAGGGAAUUUAUGCAAUGUGAUCAGCUGUGUGUUAACAAAUUAGUCGAUCUCAGUGGUGCGACAUUGGGAGAAAUUUUAAUUUUUCUGCAGAAAUCAGUGAUGGCUUGAGAUUGUUUCUUUUGUCCUUGUUUUCCUGAAUAAGAUUGCGAAUAUUGUUUUAACUGAAAGUGUAAUGUGUUUUGUAUUCUAUUA